AUAGCACAGCGGGUAGGGCGUUUGCCUUGCACGCGGCCGACCCGGGUUCAAUUCCCAGCAUCCCAUAUGGUCCCCUGUGCAUCACCGGGUGUGACCCAAAAAGAAAAAAAAUUCCCAAUACCCCCUUCUCCCAAGUGAUGUUCCUCUGCCACUUUUUCAGUGCUUCCCUGGAAGGAGGAAUGGGUGUCUUUUAGUCCUUCACACUUUGGUGAGGGAGGGUUUGUAAGGACAGUCGUUAGGGUCUUUCCUGAAUGAGAACUCAAGAGACACAGUUCUGCAGAAGUAGAACCAGGGCACGGAAAGGGGUCGGGGGAGCUGGAGAGCUAGUACAGAGGGUGGGGUUCAUGCCUUGCACACAGCUAACCUGGGUUCAAUCCCCAAAGUCCCAGAUGGUCCCCUGAGCAUGGCCAGGAAUAGUUCCUGAGUGCAGAAAUAACCCCUGAGCAUUGCUGGAUGUGACUCCAGAAGAAGAAAGGGACCAUGGAUGUUUAAGGUGCAGGGCUUUCAACUCAGGUGAUGUCUUUAUUUGAUGCCCUCCUCUGAUGCCCUCAGACACAUGGAGAAGGACUUUAUUUUUAAAAAAAGAUUUACUUUUCCCCAUACACUCUCUCUCUCUCUCUCUACUUUUGGGCAUUAUGGCUUGCAAUACAGACCCUGAGAGGUCAUCAUGUUUGGUCCAUUAUCUGCUUUUGGCAUGCAUCUCCCAUGGAGAAGGACUUUCUUUGGUAUAUUUCAAGAUGUGCCCAUCGGCUGUUGGGAAAACGUCGAUGCUUGUGAGCAGCGCUCAGGCUGGACUAGUUUGGUGCAGCGUGGCCCCUGUGUGGGUCCGGGAGCGACUCCACCGUCAGUUGUACCAGCCAGUACUGCCAGGCUCCGAAGUGCUUCUGUGAUCCAGGCCACCCUUGGAUGGCAAUGAGCCCCCUGCAGCCCUUGCCUGAGGAAGAGGCAGCCCUGACUACAGUGAUGGAUGUGGAGUCCCCCAGAGAAGUGGAUAUGGGCUCUCCCAGCAGGGAGGAGGCAGACCUGGGCACAGAUCCUGCCUGCCGGUCACCCCCUGGCAUCCAAGCAGUGUGUGUGCUGAACUCGGAAGUUGAGGUCCAAGUCCCGGUCCAGCUUUCUGGGGUGUGCCCACUUCUUGCACCCUCCACUCAGGACAGCCACACAGACCUGGCAAACUCACCCCAGCCCCAGAUGCCGUCUGACUCUCCGGGCAGCGAGGCCAGUGCUGCUUCUCCCACCACGGGCAUCCAGCCACCUUCUUCCCCCAGCAAGAAGUCCUGUAGCCCCGGUGCCCGCUGCCCAGCCAGCAGGGAGCCCGUGGAGCCAGGGGCCCUGCCCUCUGACUGUCUCGUGGGCCCUCCUUGCCCGAUGGGAAGCUCCUCCAAAUGGGGGCGCCAGCACCAGUGUGGGGAGUGUGGCAGGACCUUCCUGCAGCUGUGCCACCUGAAGAAGCACGCUUUCGUGCACACGGGGCACAAGCCCUUCCUGUGCACCGAGUGCGGCAAGAGCUACAGCUCCGAGGAGAGCUUCAAGGCCCACACGCUGGGUCACCGUGGUGUGCGGCCUUUCCCGUGCCCACAGUGCGACAAGGCCUACGGCACCCGGCGGGAUCUCACAGAGCACCAGGUGGUGCAUUCGGGGGCCCGACCCUUCGCGUAUGACCAGUGUGACAAGGCCUUUGCCCGGCGGCCCUCCCUGCGGCUGCACCGCAAGACCCACCAGAUGCCAGUCACCCCCGCCCCCUUGCCCUGCCCCUGCCCGGUGUGUGGCCGGCCGCUGGCCAACCCGGGCUCGCUGCGCAACAUGCGGCUGCACACGGGCGAGAAGCCUUUCCUGUGCCCGCAAUGCGGCCGGGCUUUCCUCCAGCAGGGCAGCCUGCGCGGCCACCUGCGGCUGCACACGGGCGAGCGGCCCUACCGCUGCCCGCACUGCACCGACGCCUUCCCUCAGCGGCCCGAGCUGCGGCGCCACCUCAUCUCGCACACAGGGGAGGCCCACUUGUGCCCCGUGUGCGGGAAGGCCCUCCGGGACCCCCACACCCUGCAAGCCCAUGAGCGCCCGCACUCGGGGGAGAGGCCUUUCCCAUGCCCCCAGUGUGACCGCGCCUCUACCCUGGCCACCAAGCUCAGGUGCCACCUCAAGUCACACCUGGGAGACAAGGCUUGCUGCACCACCUGUGGAAUGGGCUACACCCUGCCCCAAAACCUCAAGUGGCACCAGCUCAGUCACCAGCCUAGGACGCCCAUGUCCACCGUCCAGGGGUGUCCAGCUGCAGCUGAGCCCGCCGUGGUGCUGCUGCAGACUGAACCCAGCCUGUUGGAAUCCGGGGGCCAGCAGGGCAGCUCCCAGGACGUCAUUGAAGUCACCCUCACUGAGGACCACGGGAAGUGCUUUGUGGUGCCUGAGGCGCCAGGGCCACCCUCCAGCCUGGUGCUCAUCCACAAGGGCUUCAGCAGCUGGGCAGAGGUGGUGGAGCCCAUCGGGGUCGAGUUGGGAGAGCUGCUGAUAGUGGACCUGAACAGAUCGUUUAGUUGCCUCAUCAGCCUGGUUCUUAACGAAAUUUGUGAGUCGGUGGAAUGCCCAUGGGCCAAGGGAAAUUAG